UACGACGAUAAACUGCGUCUUUGAUGAACUUCUGCUAAGGUACUGUUAGUGACACCUGUUAUGAUAAUAAAGAUUCCAACAAACAAUGGAUUCUACGGAUAUGAUUCCUCAGUGUCAUAUUUGUCCGAUGGCUCAGACAUCGGAAAUGUAGAAGACAUGGAAUCGCCAUCUCAUGAUGGAGAUUUUUCUGAAUACCUUUGGAUGGAAAAUGAGGAAGAGUUUGAUAAACAAGUUAUGCAGCAACUGGAGGAAGAAGAGCUAAUGGAACAAUGUAUUGAGGCAAUGCUAGAAGACGAACGAGAAAUAAGAAAUAUCCGUAAUCAGAUGGCAUCUACCAAUGGAGGCUCAAGUGAUGCAACAGCACCACCUCGACAAGCCUGGAGCACUAAUGAUGAUGUAACAAACCACAUUUCUCAAUCACUGGAGGGUCUGAGUGUUCAAGACGAUUUGGCCAAACAGAGCACACUCAACCCCAAUGCGGCAGAGUUUGUUCCACAGCAGAAAGCAUCAGAGAGCAGCGGGUCAGGAAAUGUGGAUCGCUCGACGACAUCUUAGAAGUUACGCAGAGGUCUGCAUUUUCUUUGAUGCCAAGCUACAUUUCAUUUGGUAGGCUGGGAGGCAAUGGAGUCCCUGUGAAUGAACUUUGUUAGUCACUGAAUAU